ACAGGCGCCUCCAUCAAAAACUGACCUGAACUGAACAUAUGGAAGAAGCAAUUCCUGCUAAGACUAAGGACUAUGAAAGCAACUUCCAUGUUUCAGUCAUGACUUCUUUACCAAUGAUGAUAUUUCUUGUAAUUCUGCUGCUGCCAUCCAUGCCCACAGAAGGCAGGGCCCAAGAACUGUUUCCUUCAACCAGAACUUUCUCAUUGAUUAGUUUAAGCCAUGGCAUCUUUCUCUAACUCUGAGGCCAUCUGUGCUUACUGAAGGAAGGUGUCAACCAUGACUCCUUUACCAGUGAUGUUUUUUCUCCUAACUCUGCUGUUACCAUCAAUGCACACUGAUGGAAGGGUACUGACACAGACUCAAAAUGAAUCCACCAAAUCUUCUAAUCAUAAGAAAAAUCACAAGGCUGUCUUGGACAAGACUGACCGCCAAGACAAAGGAAAUAAACAGGCCCCAGAGAAAGUAUUCUGUGCCUCCAUUGAUGAUCAAACAUUAGUUGAAGACUUGGCCACUGCUAAUCAACACAAGUUAAUCCUGUCUAAAAACAAGAUAUCCCAGAGCAACUGUUGUACUCAGAAGCAUCAAGUGGACCCAGUAAACUUGAAUCAUAUGGCCAGUAGACUUCAAAGGACCAGAGUGAGGCACCAAGAAGACAGUUCUAAACGCAAAGUCAUCGUGGGUUUGGAUGAAUUCUUGGAUUUAGUGAAAAAGAUCUUGAUUUCCCAUUAAAUUUAACUACAAGUCUCCUGGUGUCCAACAUGGUUUGGCUCUUAGUAGUCUCUUUUUAAAAGUCCUAUUACCUAUUUUGUUAACCACCCAAACAAAUAAGUUUAGAGACUGUAAAUGAACACAAUAAACUUUCUCCUCCCUCCAAUUAAAUACCAAAAACGACCAGAGGAAGUAAAGAAAGGGUUCUGAACUAGCAGUGGAAGGAGCAGACAAAUAGGAAUUACCAUGACAUUAUAACCAAGAGACUAGUCUUCCUUUCUUUAAGUGCACAUGUUACUUCAUGGCAAGAUACCUAGUAAAGUCAUCGUGGGCUCCUCACUUUUCCUCACUGUAGUCUGAUCAGAUGGGAAUGAAAAUAUCAUAUGCUUUGAACUAUAAAGCUUCGAAGUUAUAAAGUACUAAGUAUAUUGAUUUUUUCCAUUGCUCACAGUCGCAUUUCACUCUCCAUUGCCUCUUUCUCCCAUGAACUGUAAGUCAUCUUCUCAAUAAAUCUCUCUCCU